UACUCAGUCGGGGACUACAGCGACAGAGCAGCAGCAGCAGCAGCAGCAGAGGCGUCGUAUAGUAAGAUGCGGUGCUGCUGAGAAAAGAGGAGGCGAUAGACAGAAACAGAGAAAGAGAAAGAGAGAGGGGGAGGGAGGAGAGAGAUUGAGGCAGAAUAUUUCCCCAGAAAACAGAGGAGACCGGUCGUCCUCUCCUGCUCGGACAUGUGGUGCACCCAGCAGCAGCAGCAGUAGCAGCGGCGUGCGGCGGCGGCUGUGGCGGAGGCGGCGAACACGGCGCGGCGCACUAGCCUUGUCGUCUUUUGGGAGCUCCUUUUGUCUUUUAAUUUAUUUUCCUUGCUUCGGUAAUGAGCCUGCUGGGGGCCUACAAGAAAAAGACCAGUUACGAUGGCUAUGAAUCUUUGCAGUUGGUCGAUAGCGGAGGAGAUAGCUUCGGUGUCGGCAGAGGGAGCGGCAGCGGCAGCAGCGGCGGAGGCGGCAGCGGCAGCGGCGGCAGCGGCACACUCGGCGGCUCCAUUGCGGCCAGCCUCGGACCGAAGGCAGCAGGCCCGCUGAGAGAGGAGGACUGCAGCACCAUGGACAGCUCAGAUAUGGAUGCCAAUUAUGGUGGAGGACUGUUGGAUAUGGUGAAGGGAGGAGCCGGCAAGUUCUUCAGCAACUUUAAGGACAACUUGAAGGACACGCUGAAAGACACCUCCACCAAGGUCAUGCAUCAGGUUGCCACGUACACUAAAGGGGAGCUGGACAUUGCCUACAUCACAUCGAGGAUUAUAGUGAUGACCUACCCAGCGGAGUCAGUGCAGAUUGGCUACCAGAACCACGUAGAGGACAUUCGCUCCUUCCUCGACAGCCGCCAUGCCGACCACUACACUGUCUUCAAUCUGUCACAGCGCAACUACCGCGGCGCCAAAUUCUCCAACAGGGUUUCAGAGUGUAAUUGGCCUUCUCGCCAGGCUCCCAGCCUCCACAACCUGUUUGCUGUGUGUAAGAACAUGCACAACUGGCUCAAACAGAAUCCCAAGAAUGUGUGUGUCCUCACCUGCUCGGAUGGUCGUGCUCCCUCGGGUGUUUUGGUUUGUGCCAUGUUCUGCUUCUGCCACCUCUUCAACAACCCGGUUCCUGCCAUGCAGCUGCUCAGCGCCAAGAGACCAGGCUCCGGCCUCUGGCCCUCCCACCGCAGGUACAUCGGCUAUGUGUGUAGCAUGGUAUCAGAGAAGCCCAGCCUACCCCACUCCAAGCCCUUGAUGAUCAAGGGUCUCACCAUGAGUCCGGUCCCCUGCUUCAACAAGCAGCGCAGCGGCUGUCGGCCCUUCUGCGACGUCCUCAUCGGAGAGACGAAGAUCUUCACCACUGCACAAGAGUACGAGAGGAUGAGAGAGCACAGGGUCCAAGAGGGCAAGGUAGUCUUCCCUCUGGGUGUGAGUGUGCAAGGAGACGUCGUUGUUUCAGUCUAUCAUAUGAGGUCAACCAUCGGGGGACGUCUGCAGGCCAAGGUGUCCAACACCCAGAUCUUCCAGAUCCAGUUCCACACUGGCUUCAUUGCUCCUGGUUCCACUAUGUUAAAGUUUAACAAACCAGAGCUGGAUGCAUGCGACUCUCCUGAGAAGUAUCCCCAGCUUUUCCAUGUGAUACUGGAUGUGGAGGUGGAGGGGAUGGACAAGCAAAAAGACCUGACGCCGCCGUGGGAGCAGUUCCCCUGUAAAGACCUCAACCCCAGCGUGCUCUUCUCCUGCCACCAGGAGCACCAGGACGCACUGGCUAUUGCUGAUGAGAUGGAGGGAUUGGAUCUGGAGGAGCCAAGUCGGCCCCACGGAGGUCCAGACGGUCGGGGCCACGGCGAGGAAAGCGAGCCCUCGGACGAUGAGAUGCUCUCUCUCUCCAGCCAGCGAAGUAACGCCAGCACGGCCCCCCAAAGACCCGACCCCCCUGCUCAGACGCCUGCCGCCAACGCACCCGCCGAGGAAGUGGAUCUUCUCGGCCUCGACGGGGAGGAUGUCAACCGUCCUUCAUCUCAGCCCCCGUCUGCUGCAGCCGCAUCCACUGACCUCCUGGGCGACUUGUUCGGGGGCCCACCCCAGCCAAGCAGUGGGGCGUCGUCCGCCCAGUCCACACCACAUAAAGUAGUCCCAAACACUGCCUCGCCAUGUCCCUCUCCUGCGCCAGCGUUUGAUCCCUUUGGGGCGGGUCCCAUGCCGAAGCCUCAGGACAUGAUGGGUUCGUUCCUUGGACCAGGUAACGUUGGGCAGCCAGACCCCUUCCUGCAUGCUACUCGCUCUCCAUCACCCACCCUGCAACCUACAAGCUUGGGCCGGAGUUCCCCCGUCCCGCCCGCCAACCCGACCGUCAACAUUCAGCAGCAGAACGCAAAGGGAGGAUGGGACUGGAACAGACCCGCUACUACGUGCCCAGGAGCAGGCUUUGGUAUGGGCAGUCGGUCAGCCACUACUAGCCCCACAAGCUCGGUCAACAGCACCCCCACCCACCAAACCAAGCCAAACAACCUGGACCCGUUCGCUGACAUCGGCAACCUUGGGGGAAGCCUUGGAGGUUCUGGCUUCUCCAGCAAACCCACCACUCCUACUGGAGCUGCCCCAUCCGUCCCUCCCAUGGGCUCCCCAUCGCGACCUCCUCCGUCUCCCCAGCACGCAGAAGGGUGGCAGCCCAACGCAGGAGCAGGCUUCCCCUCAUGGCAGCCAGGUGCUGGAGGCGGCGGUGGAGGAUGGCAACACCAAGGACAGGGACCUGUCGCAGGACCGCCGCAGCCAAAGCCCAGCCCCAGCCACGCCCCCAUGCCUCAGCAAUCGCCCCAGAACCGACCCAACUACAACGUCAGCUUCUCUGCGAUGGGAGGGGGCUCGCCCAGCGCGGCGGCCAAAGCACAGGCUACCAUGGCACCCCCUAAGCCCAAACCCUUGCAUGCCAACUUUGACGACCUGCUGUCAGGUCAGGGCUUUGCAGGGACCAAAGAGAAGAAAGGGCCCAGGACUAUAGCGGAAAUGAGGAAGGAGGAGAUGGCCAAAGAGAUGGACCCUGAGAAAAUAAAGAUUCUGGACUGGAUCGAGGGGAAGGAGCGUAACAUCCGUGCUCUGCUGUCCACCAUGCACACUGUGCUGUGGGAGGGAGAGACGCGCUGGAAGCCCGUGGGCAUGGCUGACCUGGUUACUCCAGAACAGGUCAAGAAGGUCUACCGCAAAGCAGUCCUGGUCGUCCACCCAGAUAAGGCGACGGGACAGCCCUAUGAACAAUAUGCCAAGAUGAUUUUCAUGGAACUAAAUGACGCCUGGUCAGAGUUUGACAGCCAAGGACAAAAACCCCUCUACUGAAUAAAUACAGAGAGGAAGUGAGCGUGGAGAGAGCGUCCCUCCUGAUUCUGUCAUCUAAUCCUAAAAACGUGUCACCAUUUCUGGUCAACAUACUACACCCGACAACAUCUGCCUUUAUACCUGUGCUUUGACCCGUGCUUCUCUUCUCACCACGCACAAACACAGAACAUCCAGCUGAUCUGCAAAGAUGGCAAAAGACAGCAGAACGUCCAGCGUUCAAACUGACUCAAACGACUCCCCGUAACUCAAAUGUACCUACCUACUGUAUGUACAGGUGCAACAUUGCCCUUUCUCGUUGAGUGUCCUUAAACAGACCCACCAAUAAAAGCAGAGUCACCGGGACGUCUAGAAAAACAAAAGAAACUCUUGAUUGAGAGGAGACGGAUCAAAAGAGAGUGAGAGACGGCGGACCUGCGAGAUAAGAGAAAAACACAUCAGGGAGUGAAUUGAACAAGCAUUUCAAAGACUGCUCUAAAUAAGAGAAUCAGAGCGCCAGAUAGUCUGUAAGGCACAAAUAAGCAUUUAACAGCAAUCAAGCCUUUUACCCACAAAAACAUUCUGUUGUGCUUUGUGUGAAAUUUGGAUCCACGAUUAGUUCUGUCAUAUCAAAUCCACAGUUUUUCAUGCAAGUGAAUGUUCGUAGAAGUACGGAAAAGUCAAGUUACAAUAGCUUUUUUCACUGGCAAACCUGUUUUCCAUCCAAAACAGGCUGUUUAGAGGUACAAAUUAACAAUCUAUCUAAUUUAAAAGUGCUAUGAAAGUGCAAAGAGAAUGAAAGCAAACUGCUGUUACUGCAUUUGACAGUAACUCCAUUAGCCUUAUUUAUUACGUCUGCUGAGGAUAAUUGAAAAUGACGGGCUCUACAAUAAAAACACAGGUCAGAAGUAGGGGUGGGAAUCACCACAAUACGAUAUUAUCACGAUACUUAAGUCAUAAUACGAUCUUAUUGCGAUUUUAAACAUUUUACGAUAUGCUGAGUAUUGUGAUAAGAUACUGUAUAUUGUGAUUUAUUACCUCUUUUAUCUGCAAAUGAUGCAGUUUGUCAACAUCUGUUUUAUCUAAUAAGAUAGUUUUCACUCAGAGAGUCAGAGUUUUCAAUCACAUAUCUAGAGGUCAAGGGGCCCCUUUGAAAAUAGCUGUGCCACUUUUUCCUCACCAAAAUUUAGUGUAAAUUUGGAGCGUUAUUUAACGUUCUUCCGACAAGCUAUCAUGUUCAUCCUUACAUUUUCUAGUUUCAUAUUAUACCAGUAUCUUCAGGCUGAGCCCGCUACGGCCUGUCAUAAAGACAGUAAUGUUGGUCGGGAUUGCGGGUCUCAGAGGGUUAUAAAACCAUAAUUACCAAUUCGCCAAAAUGUUGUGUAAAUUUGCAGCGCUAUUUAGUGUUCUUCUUCUAACACGGCAUGGUUGGUACCAAUGGAUUCCUUAGGUUUUUCUAGUUUCAUAUGAUACCACUGAUCUUCACUCUACUGUGUUCUCCUUCUCCUUUUAAGACUGAGCCCGCUUUAAUCCGUCAGAUUGUUAAACCAAGAGGUUAAUAGUUUAUAUAAUAGAAGAUCGUCCAUGUAUUGAUACAAUAUUGUCACCCAAAAUAUUGCGAUACUAUGCUGUAUAGAUUUUUUUCCCCCACCCCUAGUCAGAAGGCUUCUACAAUUUAAAUUCCCGACUUAAUAUUCAUACGACAGAUAAACAAAAAGGUGUUUUUACUGUAGGAGAUUAUUGGUGUAUCUGCUGUAAUCGAACCUUGUGUGUGUUUCCUUGUUUGCAGGGAACUGAGGAUUGUAAACUGUAUUUUAGGAUUAGCACAUGUACAGUUCCACACAUGGAGCACCUCGAGGCCUCAUACGUACUCGCUCACACGGUGUAUUUUUGAGAGGGAGCUCUGUGAAAGCACAAACUUUUACUCGGUGCAGCUUUGAAGGAGAGCCAUUGUUAUUUAUUUAUUCGUUAAUUUUUGUUCCGUUUUGUUGUUUUGUGUAUCGGACCUGCUGCGUUAUUUUGGUUUGAAAGAACUGCACAUGUCAUCAGCUAAUGUAUGUAAGGAACAAGUUGACACUGGUAAGACUAUAUCACAUUUUUUUGUGUGUAUAACCUUUUAUAGUCUAUAACUACAGAAUGGCACUUAUAGUGUUGCUCAUCUGACGUUUCUACUUCCUGCAAUUCAAACAGAGUCUUAGGUUGAUUUUGCAGAGAUGGAAAAUGUUCUCAUACUGUAACAUGAUAUGUAAACUGUCAAGACUGAUAAGUGAAUUAAUGUGCUUCACUUCUUCUUAUCUCAAAUUCCUAAUUUCACUCAGAUCAUACAUAUAUCUGCUUUUAUCAAAACACGGAUUUGCAGCAGUUGCAACAUUUUUUUUGUAUUACUUUAUGUAAUUUGUUUACGUUUGUUUACGACAUUUCCAUCACAGCGCUGAACCUUUUUUAAUUUAUAAUUAUCAUGCAGCUUUUUGUCUGGAUGUGUAAUACUGACACCAUUUCAUAUCAACGUGAGGUGCAACACACACGGCUGCACAUGUUGCAGAUUUCUAAUAAGUUUGAAUCCAGAACAGAUUUAAAUACUUUUCAUUUACUUUCAGUGACAUGCUGAUGUGAUUGUUCCUCUGUAUGAUGGAAAUUGACUUCCUGACAUUAAAAAGUAUUUCACAGUCCUGGGAUGAAGUCCAUGGGCCAAUGACAAAUAUACAGUAUGCACAAAACAGAAUAUUUACUUCUUAGCAAGUGGAAACUGAAGCAAUCCUCAAUUUCCUUUUGUGGUUUGAUUCGGACACUAAUAUGAUCUUAUAACAUCCUCUUAACCACAGAGCUUUACUGUAAAACCUAACUUAGCAUUUUUAUUCUGACGUUUGACAUCUGUUAUCAAAAAUGUGUCAAUUUCACACGUAAAUUAAGCAGAAUAUUUGCCUUCACAUGUUCAUGAACUGUUCUUUAUAUUGUUUUCAUGCUCUCUCUCUCUCUCUCUCUCUGUUUUGGAGAUAUAGAUUGUUAACCAUCAUAAUGUUUUUUCCCUUUGUUGGACUUCAUUAUUUCCCGAGGAUUCACGGUUUGUUCAUCUGUGUUGAGGAGUUUGACUGACCAGUGAAAAAAAGAGUAUGACUGCUAUAAAGCGCUGUUUCUUCAACUGGACAGACUGAAGUGGAUCCCUGAACAAGACUCUGGGUCUCAGGCAGAAGAUGUUGAACUCUGAUCUGGAGACUACUGCUUUUCUUUGGUGACCUACCAGACACAGGAAGUGUUGUAGUAUGCGCUCCUGUGAGGACCUUAAUGUGAAAUAACCCUCAUAAGCUCCCACGCUGACUGACUUCUCUAUCUGCAACCUUACGGCUAUGUUAAAAAGCUAACCUCUAUAUUAUAGUCAAUGGAUGUGUGUUGUUUGAAGUUGUAUGGAAGUGAUCAGAUUUGGAUACAGACUACUGUACGUUAUGUGUUUGCCUGUCUGCUGUUCAAGUAUUACUAAACUGUGUAAAACUUCUGUUCAUGUGUUCCUUUUCAGGUCUGUUUACCGUUACAGGAUGUACAUAAUGAUCAAGUGCAGUGCACACAAAUAAAUAGUAAACAGAAAACAGAA